AGCUGGUACUCACAUCGACAACAUGAAGAUCGCAUUAGUCAUCUGCUUGGUCGCCCUGGCUACAGCUGCUCCUCAGCAUCCAGAUAAAGACGCCCAGAUCGUCUUGGAAGAGAGAAGCGACACCGCAGACGGAAAUUUCUAUUACCGGUUUGAAACCAGCAACGGAAUCUCUGAACAGAGGACUGGCACUCCAGGCUCUGAGGGUCAGAGCAACAUGGACGGCGCCUUCAGGUUCCGCCUUCCUGACGGCACCAUCGCUGAGGUCCGCUACGUUGCUAACGAAUACGGCUACCAGCCUGAGUCUGAUCUCAUCCCCAAGCCCCACCCACUCCCUCCUCACGCCAUCGAGCAGAUCCGCGUCGCCGAGGAGCAGCGUCGCAAGGGCAUCACCUUUGAUAAAUAAUAAAUAAGUUCGAGGUCGACCUUCUCCUCCUCUGUUACCUCUGUUACUGAUCUUCCUGUAUAGAAUGGCCUGUUGAGGGUAACUUUUAUGGUAUCCUCCAGCUCACCAUGCCCUAGACAUACGCCAUCUUUAUCAACAGUGUACAAUAAAUGUAACAAUAUUCGUCAUUGAUUAAUAAGCUCCAGGUCGACCUACUCGUUGACCUCUGUUGUGGACAUUCUUGUAUAUAGUGAUAAACAAAUAACCCGCACAUA